AUGUCAGGGCCCACCUUGCGAAAACGGGUGAGAAGCGAUUGGAUUCGCAAUCACAACUAUUCAUUGGAAAUACAUUACGUGGUAACCGAAGAUGGUUACAAUCUAACUCUACAUCGCCUGCCAAGACCGGGUUCAAGUCCCAUAUUACUGCUGCAUGGUUUGCUGACCUCUUCCCUGGCCUGGGUUAUAAUGGGACCGGGGAAAAGUUUGGCCUUUCAGUUGUUUAACAAUCAACAUGAUGUUUGGUUGGCCAAUUUACGAGGCUCAGCUUAUGGCCGCAAUCAUUCCCGCUUCACCAUCAAGGAUGCCGAAUUUUGGAGUUUCAGCUUCCACGAAUGGGGUCGUUACGAUCUGCCAGCCAUUGUUGACCACAUUCGCAAUGAAACAUCAUUUCAUCAAGUUUGGUUAAUUGCCCACUCCCAGGCUUUUAAUGCCAUUUUGGUAUUGUGCUCCCUGCUGCCACAGUAUAAUGAGCGUAUACAAUUUGUACAGGCUUUAGCACCAAUUGCCUCCUUGCGGAAUCAGGUUAAAUUCACGAAUGAUGAUGUGAGGAAAAUCUUUCGAUUUGUUAAG